AACUUUGCUACGUUGGGAACUCUGCUCGCACCUUGUUUUGACAGAUGACAGAUUUUCUGUUAUUCCCUGUUUAUUAUUAUUAUAACCAGUUUUCUGGUAGUUCCAACAAUUUUCCAAACUGUUUUUCUAUGUGAAUAUAUAUCACGGGAAAUAUAUUAUUUUAAUAUACAUAUUUACAACAAACUAUCAUCAUGGGGAAGAAAGCAGAGGUGGGAACACCCAAGUACAUUGCUAACAAGAUGAAAGCGAAGGGGCUUCAGAAGCUGAGAUGGUACUGUCAGAUGUGUUCGAAGCAGUGCCGAGAUGAGAACGGUUUCAAGUGCCACACAAUGUCUGAAUCACAUCAGCGGCAGCUGCUGCUGUUUGCUGACAACUCAAAGAAGUACAUGGAUGAAUUUUCUUAUGAGCUGAGUAGGGAGUUUGUGCAGAUCUUAAGGAGACAGUUUGGUACGAAACGCGUUGCUGCCAAUAGGGUGUAUCAGGAGUACAUUGCUGAUCGUAAUCAUGUCCAUAUGAACUCCACCAGAUGGGUAACACUGACUGGUUUCGUUAAAUGGCUUGGGAAAACUGGAAAAUGUAUCAUUGAUGAGACUGAGAAGGGUUGGUAUAUUACCUACGUUGAGAAAGAUCCAGAUCAGAUUGCCAAGGAGGAGAGGAAAAAUAAAAAAAUUAAAAUGGAUAAGGACGAUGAGGAACGCACAUUGGAGUUUAUUGAGAAGCAAGUGAAACAUGCCCAAGAGGUUGGUGGAGAAACGUCGGAGCCAAUGUAUACGGAAUUUGUUAGGGAGAAUGAAGAGGAAAAGCUUGCACUGGAUAUUAAGUUGGAAUCAAAGUCAAAGGUGAUGAUGAUGGUUUCCAGUAUGACACCACUUAAUAAAUUGGUGAAACCUGGUGGAUCCUCUGAUGAUGUGUUCAAGAAACCCAAGGAUAGAAAGAGGACAGCUAUGGAAGAGUUGAUGGAGCAGGAGGAAAAGAGGAAAGAGAAAAAUAAUCGGAAGGAUUACUGGUUGACUGAGGGCAUUGUGGUAAAGGUUAUGACAAAGUCUCUAGGGGAGGAGUAUUAUAAGGCUAAAGGCGUGAUUAGGGAGGUCAAGGAUAGGUAUUGCGCUAUUGUCAAGCUGUUGGAGGGCGGCAAGAAGAUCAAGUUGGAUCAGGAGCAUUUGGAGACGGUUAUACCGGCUAUCGGGAAGUUGGUGAAGAUUGUGAAUGGAGCGUAUCGGCGUGAAACAGCUACACUCUUGAACAUUGACGAGCGUAAUUACUGCGCGGAUUUGGAGAUCCAAUGCGGUGUGCUCAAAGGAAGGAAAAUCAAGGGCAUCGAGUACGAAGACUUUUGUAAAAUCGACGACCAAGAAUAAUAUUUUUAAUAAAAGAGUUUUUGUAAAUAAUUAAAUGAAAAACAAACAUUUAGUCCCCCAUUUACUUGCUAAUAAUUGUAAAUGUACGAUGUAACAAUAUGAUAUACAAUAAAUGUGAUGUAAUAAAAAAUACUAGAGAGAGAGAAUUAACAGAUUUG